CUAGUGAUCCAUUCAUUGAAGUGCCCAGUGAUUGGGUCUGAAUACAGGCAGCGGCCUCUCUGAGUUAGUGAUUGCUAUUUAGCAGUCAGAUGGCCUUGAGAUAGAAGCCGUUUUUCAAUCUCUCGAUCCCAGCUUUGAUACACCAGUACGGACCUCGCCUUCUGGGUGAUAAUGGUGUGAACAGGCAGUGGCUCGGGUGGUUGUUGUCCUUGAUGAUCUUUAUGGCCUUCCUGUGACAUCGGGUGCUGUAGUUGUCAUGGAGGGUAGGUAGUUUGGUAGGAUGCAGCUAGGGAUGCCGUCUGGUAGCCUAUGACAACAAAAACUUAAAGCGUGUACUCUAUUACAGUCAUAGAACGUUUAUUCAACAUGAAAGAGAGGAGGAUGGCAUUGGUGUGAGUAGGCGGUUGCCAUGGACACAUGACGCAUCUCUAGGCCUUUCCUUGUAACCAUGGAGCUGGGAGUUGACAGGGCCUUCCCAGCAUAUGUCUCUCCGAUGGAGUCCAAGGGCUGCAGUGGGCGACAGAAGACCCGGAUUCCAGAGUUUAUCCAGAGGAGUGGGACAGGCAGAACAACAACACAACAUUCCAAAGACAAAGGCGAGGAGAGGAGGAAAGGGGACAGCGGUGGUCCCAGGAAGAAGGCUGACAUGGCACCCACCUCCGGGUAUAUGAGUGACAGGAGGCAGUACUCUAUAAGGACCCCGGUGGCCACCACCACGGAGCAGCAGCAGGCCUCCAUCCUAAAGAAAUCAUACGUACAGGAGCACCCAGAACACGAGCGACAGUGGGAAGGUAGCAGUAAUGAAGCAGACCGUCAUAGAGCAGACCAUCAACAGGAGUCCCCAGACAACCUCAACCCCUCUCAGGCUGACAUCUCGCCCUGCUCAGCUUCCAAAGAGGAUCUCAACACCUCCCUGGGGAUGUCAGACCUCAGGACCGGGUUGUCACACGAAGAACCCACCUUCAGGUCAUUAUACCUGGGCAGCAGGCCCGGCCGACACAGCCCCUCCAGCCAACCCCUGGAGGUCCAUAGCUUCUCUACUCCACUCAGACCCAAGUGGACCUCCACUCUGCUAUCCUCCCUCUCGCCUUCCUACAUCUCCCAUUUGCGCCCCUCCAGACAGAGACGGAGAGAGCAGAGAAUGGUUGCAGGUGAAGUUUAUCAAUCACGUGAAGAGGGAGGGGAAACGUAUCUAAACCUAGGCCCUUCAGUGGGCGACCCCAAGGGUCGCUCCAACCCUGCGCUCCACACCAUGUCCCCCCACCAGGCCAACUACUGGCCCUAUGCCAUUUCCAGCUCCCUGCCCCACUCCCCAGACCGACACUCUUCGAGCUGGGACCCUGAUAAGGAGUAUCAGACCCUCCUGGACUACACCUACCCCCUGAGGCCAGGUAGGGGGGUGGGUGGAUGGGAUACCUCAGAGCUCGGGGGUGGGUCUCUCAUUCAGACAGACCCAGGCCUCCUGGAUUCGGGGAUAGAACUGGACCGUCUCUGCAGCUCCAUCAGCCUAUCAGCUUUGGACUUUUCCCUAAGUGCCACGGCAGGGGUGGGCACUAGUAGUGCCAGGGAGAUGGGGAUGCUGGGUAUAGGUCAGAGGUCAUCUGAGCUGCGUGGGUUCUCACACUCCAAAUCCUCUGAUGGUCACCUCUCCACUAGCCCCUUCUUCUCUGCAGACCCUAUUGGUCUAUCAGUAGAGAGUCUGGACUAUAGUGGAAGUGGUGGUGGUCUGAACCAUUCACAUCGUAGCGGGGGAGGUCACUACCGCCAACAUGGCAGCUCCUCCUCCUCUUCCACUACGUUCAUCCGCAGAUUCAGUAUCCUUCCCCGGCCAGGGAACCUCGGAGAGUGGGAUUGGGACGAGGAGUUCUGGCCUCUCCCGGAGCAGUUGGAGGAGCUCCAGUGUUUGUCCCAGCAGGUCAGGGAGGUGACAGCCCAACUCAACCAGUCUGUCACAGCCAAUUGGGACUCCCUGGAGAGGGGGAACAACUCCGUCCAGUCCUGCAUGACCAUGGCAGAGAAACAGGAGGCAGAGGAGGAGAGAGAAGAACAGGAGCAGAAUAAGGAGGAAGAAAGGGAGGAAGAGAAGGAGAAAGAGGAAGAGUCCAUUUCUGAAGCACUUCAACACUUCAAUAAAGCGAGCAAUUGUGGGGAGUCCUUCCUGUCAGCCAGAGGCCCUGGUUUUAGGAUGGAGGCUGGGGUAGUAAGCAGGGGAGUGAGAAUGGCCAGUCUGAGGGAGGCGGCUGGCAUGGUGGGUGGACUAACCCUGCCUGAGUUCCAGUCGGGGAGCCAGGGGGAGCAGGAGCAAGGGGAGUCCCUCAUGCAGCACAUCCAGACCUUCUGUUCUAACCUGGAGGAGCUCAUCCAAUGGCUGUACACGGUGGUGGAGAGGAUGGAGGUACUGGAGCCGCCCACUGUGGACAUCAAGAGUGUCAAGUCAUCCCUGGCGGAUUAUAAGAGGUUUCAGAGAGAAGUGAACGCCCACCAGCCCCUGACCACCUCUAUUCUACAAACUGGAGGGCUUCUCCUGGGUUGUUUGACCUCCACUUCUCCCGUUCUGAAAGAGACCCUCUGUCUUAUUGAGAGGCAGUCCAAGGCGCUGGAGACCCACUCAGAGCACCUCUUCUCCUCUAUUAUCUCAGUCAUGGACAGACUGACCCAGCCCAGGGAGCCCAGUGGGAGAGAGGAGACCCAGGCAGGAGACCCGGAUAGGAUGGCGGUCCAGAGGACCGCUCAGUGAAGGCUCCAUUCGAUGCAUGGAUAGUAUGUUUCUACGGUUAUGUAGAGAUUGGGAUAUGAUUACUCUAUAGCACCCUCUAGUGACAUGUUAUCAGGUUUAUUAUUUAUCAUCAGAAGAAGUCAGUUUUCUCCUAUUCUCUUUCAGUAAUGAAGAAUGAGUGUGGAUUGGUGGAGCAGGCUUGAUGAGGGGGAGGAGCUUCUUCACUUUGACUUGCCUUAAAGGAUUGGUUCACAUUUUUUUUGACCAAAUGUUAAAUUUUUUAUGUCAAUGGUAUGUUUUGAGAAACUUACACCACUCGCAAUAGACUUCCUUAUUGCUUGUCCUGCAGUGUGGGGGCUAUGGAAAAACAUUAACAAAGGCUGGUAGGGGAUACUGCUCGAGUCGCACAAACUGGAAUAAUAUAAUGGUGCAGAUAAAGUUCAGAAUUACAUCAUUUCAUGUGUACAACAUCUAAUGACCUGUAUCACUAAAAUAAUGUAUUUGGGUGUUUUUGGAGCCUUUUUUUGUGUUUUUCCACAGCCCCCAUACUGCAGAGCAUGCAAUGAGGAAGUCUAUUGCGGGUGGUCUAAGUUUCUCAAAACCAUGUGAAAUCGCCAAAAAAGUGUCUGCACCCUUCUGUAGCAUGCAAUUUAUAUCACAAAUAGACAUUUGGUUAAAAAAUAGUGGAACGAUCCUUGCUGUGUUGAAAAGAGACCACUUGACUGUUGCCAUGCUUUUGAUUCAUUAUUUUGUUAAGUGCUUUUUAAAUUUACAGUGCCUUCAGAAAGAAUUCUCACCCCUUGACUUUUUCCACAUUUUGUUGCUACAGCCUGAUUUGAAAAUGUAUUAAAUUGACAUUUUGUGUCACUGAUCUACACACGAUACCUCACAAUGUAAAAGUGGAAUUAUGUUUUCAGACAUUUUUACAGAUGAAUUCAAAAUGAAAAGCUAGGGCCUCCCAAGUGGCGCAGCGACCUAAGGCACUGCAUCAAAGUGCUUGAGGCAUCACUACAGACCCGGGUUCGGUUGUGUCACAGCCGGAUGCAACCGGGAGAUCCAUGAAGCGGUACCCAAUUGUCCCAGCGUUGUCUGGGUUAGGGGAGGGAUUUGCUGGCCAUGAUUCCCUUGUCCCAAUGCGCUCUAGUGUUUCCUUGUGAUGGGCCGGGCGCAUGCACACUGACUUCGGUCGCCAGUUAGUUGUACGGUGUUUCCUCUGACACAUUGGUGCGGCUGGCUUCCGGGUUAAAUGAGCAGUGUGUCAAGAAGCAGCUUGGCAGGGUCAUUUUUCGGAGGACGCAUGGCUCUCAACCUUCACCUCUCCCGAAUCCGUACGGGAGUUGCAGCGAUGGAAAAGACUGUAACUACCAAUUUGAUAUCAUGAAAUUGGGGAGAGAAGCUGAAAAAGUAUUCAACCUCUGUGUUAUGACAAGCCUAAAUAAGUUUAAGAGUAAAGAUUUGCUUAACAAAUCACAUAAAUUGCAUGGACUCAUUCUGGGUUCAAUAAUAGUGUUCAACAUAAUUGUUGAAUGACUACCCCAUAUCUGGACCCCACACAUACAAUUAUCUGGAAGGUCCUUCAAUCAACUAGUGCAUUUCAAGCCCAGAUUUAAUCACAAAGACCAGAGGUUUUUCAAUGCCUCACAAGGGGCACCGAUUGGUAGUGUACAAAUAUAAAAAAGUAGACGGUGAAUCUCCCUUUGAGCAUCGUGAAGUUAUUAAUCAGGCUUAAUACACCCAGUCACUAAAAAGAUACAGGUGUCCUUCCUAAUUCAGUUACCGGAGAGGACAGAAACUGCUCAGGGAUUUCACCAUGGUGAUUGUAAAACAGUUACAGACUUUGGUUGUGAUUUGAGAAAACAGCAUUGUAGUUACUCCACAAAACUAACCUAAAUGACAGAGUGAAAAAAUGUAAGCCUGUGCAGAAUAAAAAUAUUCCAAAACAUGCACCCUGCACCCUUUCUGCUGACUCUGAAAAACCAAAAGAAAGAGGCCCAGGGUCCCUGCAGAUGUGACCAUGGCAGUAAAUUGCAAUGUCCGUACUGUGAGAUGCCUAAGAAAGCGCUACAGGGAGACAGGACGGACAGCUAAUCAUCCUCGCAGUGGCAGACUACGUGUAACAACACCUGCACAGGAUCGGUACAUCCGAAUAUCACACUUGCGGGACAGGUACAGGAUGGCAACAACAACUGCCCGAGUUACAACAGUGCUCAGACUGUCCGCAAUAGGCUGAGAGAGGCUGGACUUAGGGCUUGUUGUAGGCCUGUUGUAAGGCAGGUCCUCACCAGACAUCACCGGCAACAAUGUUGCCUAUGGGCACAAACCCACCGUUGCUGGACCAGACAGGAGGCAAAAAGUGCUCUUCACUGAUGAGUCACAGUUUUGUCUCACCAGGGGUGAUGGUCGGAUUCGCGUUUAUCGUUGAAGGAAUGAGCGUUACACCGAGGCCUGUACUCUCACAGCAUCAUCGGACUGAGCUUGUUGUCAUUGCAGGCAAUCUCAACGCUAUGCGUUACAGGGAAGACAUCCUCCUCCCUCAUGUGGUACCCUUCCUGCAGGCUCAUCCUGACAUGACCCUCCAGCAUGAUAAUGCCACCAGCCAUACUGAUCGUUCUAUGCGUGCAUUCCUGCAAGACAGGAAUGUCAGUGUUCUGCCAUGGCCAGCGAAGAGCCCGGAUCUCAAUCCCAUUGAGCAUGUCUGGGAGCUGUUGUAUUGGAGGGUGAGGGCUAGGGCCAUUCCCCCAGGAAACGUCCGAGAACUUGCAGGUGCCUUGGUGGAAGAGUGGGGUAACAUCUCACAGCAAGAACGGGCAAAUCUGGUGCAGUCCAUGAGGAGGAGAUGAACUGCAGUACUUAAUGCAGCUGGUGGCCACAACCAGGUACUGAUGUUUGAUUUUGACCCCGCCUUUGUUCAGGGACACAUUAUUCCAUUUUUGUUAGUCACAUGUCUGUGGAACUUGUUCAGAUUAUAUCUCAGUUGUUGAAUCUUAUGUUCAUACAAAUAUUUACACAUGUUAAGUUUGCUGAAAAUAAAUGCAGUUGACAGUGA